CAUUCCCUCUUGUAAGAGUUCUGUUGAUUGCAUUCCCUCUUUGAGCACUCCUUUUCAAAAAGUGAAGGUGACAAUAACGUUUUCUACAACUAUAAAUAUAUAGUAACCAGAUCUGAAAGAAUUCCAUAACUUGAGAGCUCGAAUUUUUCAGAGGGUAUCUUUUAGUACAUUUGUGUAAAUCUGAAGUCAUGGCUCAAGUUUGUGUCCUUGAGACAACGGUGCAACUCAAAUCAUGUCCUCAAAAGUUCUAUAACUUCCUCAAGAGCCAAAGCCAACACAUUCCAAAUAAAGCACAGAGUGAAAACGUGCAUGGUGUUGAGAUUCACAAAGGCGAUUGGAACACCCCUGGCUCUAUCAAGAUUUGGAAAUUUAGCAUAGAAGGAAAGGAGGAGAUAUUUAAGGAAAGAAUUGAAGUGGAUGAAGUGAACAAGACUAUAACUUAUGUUGCUGGGGGAGGGAAUGUGUUGGAGUUGUACAAAAACUACAAGGCCAUUGUAAAAGUUGAGAAUCAAAUUUUAAAGUUGAGAAUAGAAUAUGAGAAGCUCAAUGAUGAUAUUCCACCUCCAAAAAAAUACCAGCAAUUUAUCAUUAAUAUUGUUAGAGAUCUUGAUGGAAACUUAGUUAAAGUUGAUUAACCUAUCUUAUAGGACAUCAUUUCCUCAAAAAAAAGUUUAAU